ACAUGUUUCUACAUUAUUCUAUUCUACAGAGAACGUUAUUUGGGGUAUAUUUGUCGGAUAUUAUAGUAUAAAACUGAACAAAACUAAAAUGUAAAAAUUAUUCUUUUGUUCUUGCCGUUUGUCUUCAAUUCAAUGUUCACCCUGGUGAUGAUUUAGAUGAUGGAUAAUUAUUUAAUACCUGUUGAUUCAAUAAUGUGGUAAUAUUCACAUUAUCACAUGUUGGCAUUGUCUCGUGGAGAUAAUCACUGCAUGUUUAAAGGGAAAGGGAAAUCAUUUAGAUGAAAAAAACGUUUCUGAUCAUUAGAAACCAGCAUCAUCAUCGCCACCGUCAGUUGUCAGUGAGCUCGACUCUGCUCGCUGUCCGAUAAUGUGGUUUGGUUUGCUGAGAUUGGCUGCUGGCCGAGGAGGGGGGGGAUUUAUCUUCCUAAAUUAAAUCAAAUAAGAAGAAGAUUAUCUUCCUUAUCUCUACUUUAGUUCUAGUUUCUCAUUUAUAAUCCAGAUGUUUCAUGUAAAAAUAUAUUAGAGAAGAAUUAUAUUGCUGACUUCGUAACACAUUAUUAUACGGUACAUCAGCAAAUAUAAUGACAAUAAAAACUUGGAGUGUGUGUUUUUUAAUGUAAAAUUGGUGUGGUGAAAAAAAUAUUAUCGAAAGAAAGAAGAAACAAAACAAUAGAAGCAGAAUCUUCAUAAGUUAAUAUUGCUAAUUAUUUGAUCAGAAAUUAGUAUCAGUGUUACAUCAAAUGUUUAGUUCUUCAGCUUUAAACUAAGGUGGAUCAUGGAGUUGAAGUCAUGAUGUUUACUAACUGGUUUCAAUCACUCACUUCCUGUCUCUGAAAACACUUAAAGAGACACUAGACUGUCCUUCUGUGAUUACAGUCCCCUGAAGUAACCACAGGACCCUAAAUGAGCUAGAACCUUGAAGUCACGGUUGCAUAGCUCUUUAUAAAACAGAUUUGUUUUAUUUUGUAGGAUGAAGUUCACUUCCAGUAGUGUCCUUGAUAUAUGAAUGAAUAUUUUUGUAUCUCCAUCAGCUCCUCACUCUUCGUAACUACUUUCUUGCGCCUGGCAGCCAGAGAGCAGCACUUAGGACGUCUUUUCCACCUCUCGGUCCAACAUGGACACAUUUUUCCGCCGUCACUUUAAAAGGAAGGAGACCGCUCUGCCGGCGGGGGUGGAUUCUAACUCCCCCCAGCAGCGGCGGCCCAGUGUGGCUGUGCCAACUAGCAAGGCCCGCCGGAGGUCCAAUGCCGGGCUUCCUUCCUCCACGCUGAGCCAGCGCCGCCGCCCCAGCGUCCAGCUGCCAGGGGAGCCAGCGUCUGGCAGUGGGGGAAGCCUGGCAAGGACCGCCCGGCACAACAGGUGGGCGGGACACGUCCGGCGGCGCUCCAGCACCACCACACCCAACCUCAAUCCCCGGUUUGCCGUGUCCAGGAGGAAGGUGGGGAAGCUGAGGACCAUCGACACCCACCUGCUGGGCCCGUCCAUGCUGCUUGCCAGCCUCAUCCAGAUGGCUGAGGAGGAGGAGGAGGAGGAGGCGGGGCUACCAGCCAGAGAGGAGCAGGUGGAGGUAAGGGGCGGUGCCAACAGCAGGAGGAUGUUCUCACGGUCCAGCAGCCUCCACUCGAAUGGAAACGAGAGUAGCAUUGAUUACUCCAAAGAUGGCCAAUCAGAAGCCGGCCAGCUGUCAGAGGCGGAGCAACUGGUGGAGGAAAAAGGAACCUCCUUCGGCCUAGAGGUGACAAGAGAGGCUUCUCGGCCCCCGCCUGCCUCACGGCCCCUCAUCAGGCCCCCCCGCUGCCUGAGGAGGAACUCGUCUCAGCUGUUCUUGGGAGACGGCAGCGCUCCAUUGAGCCGCCGCCGGGUCUCCGGCCAGAGGAGGAGGAUCUCCACCAUCUCCAAGGCCGGGAGCCCCUGGCCCGGGAGAGGCCCCCCGCUGCCCAACCGCAGGAGCUCGGUGCACUACCUGAACCACCCGGCCUUCUACCGGGGCCCCGGGGCCCUGAGCCUGCUGGGCGACCCCCAUCUUGAGAGCUGGAGCUGCUUCCUGCUGAAAGCCAUCGCAAAGUCUGGUCUGCAGCCCGCAGCGUCGACGUCCGGCCUGACCGACCCGCUGCCAGAGCCCGACGGCACCAUCAACUGGAGCGACAACGCGCAGUUCGGAGACCACAUCUGGUUCGAAACCAGCGUCUCUGGAGACUUCUGUUACGUGGGAGAGCAGUACUGCGUCGCUAAAUCCGUGCAAAAGUCAGUGGCGAGGAAGAAAUGUGCCGGCUGUAAGAUAUCGGUCCACACGACGUGCAUGCAGCAGCUGGAGAAGGUAGGUUGUCCUCUCGAAUUCACUCCCCUCCUUCCCCGUCUCCUUCUCACCGACGCUCGUCUCUUUCUUCAGAUCAAUUUCAGGUGCAAGCCGUCAUUUAGAGAACCAGCAGGCCGGGCCGUACGAGAGGCCCACAUUGUGCGACACCAUUGGGUCCACCGGAGACACCAGACUGGGAAGUGUCGACAGUGUGGGAAGGGAUUCCAACAGAAGUUCUCCUUCCACAGUAAAGAGAUCGUUGCCAUCAGCUGCUCGUGGUGCAAACAGGCCUAUCACAACAAGGUGACGUGCUUCAUGCUGCAGCAGAUAGAGGAGUGCUGCUCUCUGGGAGCUCACGCUGCCGUCAUCAUCCCUCCUACCUGGAUCAUCAGGGUCCGCAGAACACAGACGUCCCUAAAGUCGAGUAAAAAGAAGAAAAGGACAUCGCUGAAAUGCAACAAGUCGAGCAAAAAGGGAUCGGAGGUCCAAGAUGGCCGAUGGAAGCCCUUCCUGCUGAAGCCCCUCCCUUCUCAGCUCAUGAAGCCUCUGCUGGUGUUCGUCAACCCGAAAAGUGGAGGAAACCAGGGAGCUAAGAUCAUCCAGUCGUUCAUGUGGUACCUGAACCCCCGGCAGGUGUUUGACCUGACCAAGGGAGGACCCAGAGAGGGGCUGGAGCUCUACGCCAAGGUGCCCAACCUGAGGGUCCUGGCCUGUGGGGGGGACGGGACGGUCGGCUGGAUCUUGUCUGUUUUGGAUGAGCUAAAGCUCUGUCCUCAGCCUCCUGUGGGAAUUCUACCUCUGGGGACCGGCAACGACCUGGCGAGGACCCUCAACUGGGGGGGGGGUUACACCGACGAACCAAUAACCAAGAUCCUCUCCCAUGUCGAGGACGGAAACAUCGUCCAGCUGGACCGAUGGAACCUGAACGUGGAGGCGAAUCCGGAGGCCCCCCCAGAGGACGGAGACGAGCAUCAGACCGACAAGCUUCCCAUCGACGUCUUCAACAACUACUUCAGUCUGGGCUUCGACGCCCACGUCACGCUGGGUUUCCACGAAUCCAGAGAGGCCAACCCGGAGAAGUUUAACAGUCGCUUUAGGAAUAAGAUGUUCUAUGCAGGAACGGCCUUCUCUGACUUCCUGAGCAGGAGUUCCAAAGACCUCGCCAAGCACCUCAGAGUCGUGUGUGACGGAACCGACCUGACGGCCAAAGUCCAGGACCUGAAGUUACAGUGUCUGCUCUUCCUCAACAUCCCCAGGUACUGUGCGGGCACUGUGCCGUGGGGUCACCCUGGUGACCACCAGGACUUUGAACCACAGCGCCACGACGAUGGCUGUAUCGAGGUCAUCGGCUUCACCAUGACGUCUCUGGCCACGCUGCAGGUGGGGGGGCAUGGCGAGCGGCUCCACCAGUGUAAGGAGGUGACCCUCACAACCUUUAAGUCCAUCCCCAUGCAGGUGGACGGAGAGCCGUGCAGGCUGGCUCCCUCCAUCAUCAGAAUCCACCUAAGGAACCAGGCCAAUAUGGUGCAGAAGACCAAGAUGAGGGUCUCCAUGCCCCACCUCAACGAUCAGCAGCUGGUUCCUGAGAAGUUUCAAAUCAGAGUGAACCGGAUCAGCAUGGCGGCCUACGAGGCUCUGCACUACGACAAGGACCAGCUGAAGGAGGCCUCAACCUCUCUGGGAGUUAUCACUGUCCCCGGAGAUAGCGACCUGGAGACAUGCCGUCUGCUCAUCGAGCGUCUCCGUGACGACCUGGACCAGGUCCACCAGAGACAGGACGGAGCGGUAAUGGAGGAGGACGCUCCAUCUCCAAAGGAGUUGUCAAUGAAGUGGUGUUUCCUGGACUGUACCACCGCAGACCGGUUCUACCGGAUCGACCGUGCUCAGGAGCACCUGAACUAUGUGAUGGAGAUCUCUCAGGAGGAGCUCUACAUCCUGGACCCGGAGCUAGUCGUCAAGGAGACGAUAGGCAACUCCCCCGGCGUGCCGGACCUGGUGGGUUCGGAGGACCACCGGAGACAGUUCUCCUUCAUGGCCUCACCCCCGCCCUCGAGCCUCCCAAGGCUCAGGGACCAGAGGGUUUCCAGUGGCAGCUCCAGUGAGUCUUUGUCUCAGAGUUUCUGUAAGAGCGCUCUCUGCAGUCCUUCCAGAGCGCCGUCACACGACCCUCAACAAGGUAAACGUUCAGUUCUUCACAUUCCUCACGUUCUUAACAUUCCUCACGUUCAUCACAUUACUCACGAUCGUCAUGUUCUUCACGUUUCUGAUGUUCUUCACCUUCGUCACAUUCUUUGCGUCCUUCACAUUCUUCACGUUCCUCACGUUCUUCACAUUCCUCACGUUGUUCAUGUUCUUCAUAUCCUUCAUGUUCUUCCCGUUCCUGAUGUUCUUCACCUUCGUCACGUUCUUUGCGUCCUUCGUGUUCUUCACGUUCCUCGCGUUCUUCACGUACUUCACAUUCCUUACGUUUUUUCAUGUUCCUCACGUUCCUUCAUGUUCUUCACGUUCCUGAUGUUCCUCACCUUCAUCAUGUUCUUCACAUUCCUCACGUUCUUCACAUUCCUCACGUUGUUCAUGUUCUUCACAUUCCUCACGUUGUUCAUGUUCUUCACAUCCUUCAUGUUCUUCACAUUCCUCACGUUGUUCAUGUUCUUCACAUCCUUCAUGUUCUUCACAUUCCUGAUGUUCUUCACCUUCGUCAUGUUCUUUGCGUCGUUCAUGUUCUUCACGUUCCUUGCGUUCUUCACGUUCUUCACAUUCCUUGCAUUUUUCAUGUUCCUCACGUCCUUCAUGUUCUUCACAUUCCUGAUGUUCCUCACCUUCAUCAUGCUCUUUGCGUCGUUCAUGUUCUUCACGUUCCUUGCGUUCUUCACGUUCUUCACAUUCCUUGCGUUUUUCAUGUUCCUCACGUCCUUCGUGUUCUUCACAUUCCUGAUGUUCCUCACCUUCAUCAUGCUCUUUGCGUCCUUCACGUUCUUCACCUUUGUCAGGUUCUUUGCGUUCCUCAUGUUCUUUACGACCAUCACAUUCUCCAAGCCCUUCAUGUCCUUCACAUGCUCAUGUUCCACGUUUGUCACGUUCCUCGCGGCCGUCAUGUUCUUCACAUCCCUCACGUUCCUCAAGUUCAUGUUCUUCAGCUUCGUCACAUUCUCCACGUUUGUCACAUUUCUCAUGUUCUAACCGUUCCUUACGUCCCUCAUGUUCUUCACAUUCUUCACGUCCUUUGCGUUCUUUAUGUUCCUCCUCUAAUAAACCUUCAGAAUUCCAUAUUGUUGUAUGUU